AUGAGACAUAACGGUAGGGAGGAGGGGCUCCUUCCUUCGUUCUGCUGUUUCAGCCUUGUGCGAUUUGCCAGCGCGACGCCAGCUAUAGCGGACUGUGCUCCUUUGAUGCAAUCUUGGAUUUUGUCCGCUCUCGGCCUUUGGGAAUGUGGAGGUUGCCCUGACCACACCAACGGUCUCGCCGUUCCUCCCGCCAGCCUGCACGGCAAGGACCGGCAGGGCAACCUUGCCGGGCUGUGUCUUCAGCUGUGCAAAUGGCUUCUGUCUCAUGAGCGCGUGUACCUGUACGGGUCGGGGGCGCUGAAAGUCAUGAAUCCUACGGCUGAUAAGACUGGCAUGGCUGCCCCGGGAAUGGACCUGACCAUCUACAGUCCGCUGUGCGGAUUCACCUGUCAGCGUGGAUACUGUCCUGAAGGGGCAUGCAAAAUUUGGAGGUCCUGGCGGUGGUGGCUCUGGGUCAGGAUCUGGAGAUGGUGA